AUGUUAACUUUAACCCAUGUUGGAUUUAAAAAGGGUGACACGACUCCAUGCUACUGGGUGUUAACACAGUCAGUUCUUUCGUUAUACUCAAAUAAAGAAAGUUAUAAUGAUAUGAAACCUCCUAUUAAUUCUUUUGUUAUAGAAGAAAUAGAAACUGUUACCAUUGAAAAACUAACACCCUCAAUUAAUGUAUUAAUUGUUAAAGAUAAAAACGAAACAAUUGAGCUAUUAGGAAGUGAGCCUUUAUUAAAUGAUUGGGUUAAUCAAAUCAAUAUUCUUAUAACUCAAGCUCAACUUAUUAUGUCAUCCAAAGUUAUAAAUCAAAAUGAAAAUAGUUAUGAAUACCUUCCUAAUCUCAUAGAUUCUAGUUAUAUGGUUUUUAUUUCUUUUUUAUCUAUUCAACUUGAAGAAUUAUCUUCUUAUUAUUUACUUUGUUUUAAUCCAACACAAAAAUUUAAAGUGGAAAUAUCUCCUAGUGGUGUAAAGAAAGAUAAAAAAAUAAUAUUUCCAAUUGAAAAGACAUGUUAUAUCUCAUUAUCAUCAUAUCUUUUUAUUACACUAAUCAAAAAAAAUUCAACAAAGAAAGAAGAAAAAAUAGCAAAGGCUAUUGUCCAUAUGUCCUCACUUCCAAAAAAUGUUGUUUAUUUGUCAAGAGUUAAAUUAGAACAAGACUCAUUGGAGAUUGGUGAACUUCAAUUAUCAGUGGAAAUAAAAAAGAAAUUAAUUAAUGAGAUUGAAUCACCGGAUAUUCUUCAACAUAAAAUAAUUAAAAAAGGUUAUUGUUAUAACCCAGAAAGAAAAAGUUAUUAUAUUGUUCCUAAAGAAGUUCCUAAAAAUAAAGAAGAAUUUAAAGGAAUUAUUUGUGGAAUUGGAAAAAUAGAACAUGUGCCAUUCGACCUUGAUUUAGAAGAUUAUUUUAUGAAAGAGAAAGCUACAACAGAAAAUUUUGAAAAUAUCCCAUUAAGUGGAACUAUAACUCAACAAUACCCAAAAGAUGAACGAUUAUUAGAUGAAUUAUGGAUGUUUUGUUUCCCUAAUGGAAUGAAGGCAAGUCAACAAAAAAGACCUUUUGAAAAAAGAAUUUUUGAAAUAACAAAUUCAAAAGGAAAAGAGCGAUAUGGUCUUGUUUUUAUUAUUGAUAGAAAGGUUAGUGAUAAUGAAUUAAAGGAUAUUAAUAAAUGGGUUGAAACAACAGAUGAAUGGUAUGUACCAGAAGCAAUAUUUAUUGUUAGUGAACAACAAUUAUUUGAAGAAAUGAGUGAGUGGUUAAAAAAUAUUAUUGAAAACAAUGAAAAUAGAGAAGAACAAUUUGUUCAACUUUAUACAACCCCACAAAUAAGGUGUGGAGAACAUAAAGAGAUUAUAAUAAAUGAAAUGAAAAUGGUUAUUGAAAAAGAAUAUAAAGGAGAUAUUAAACAAACUGAAUUAGAAUUAUCUGAGUUAUUCUACCAUUUUAGAAUCUCAGAAAUCAUUGACAUUUGGAGUGAAAUAAUUGUGUCUGAAAGAAUUGUAUUUACCUGUAAGAAUUAUAACACCCUUGUAAAAACUAUUGAAAUAUUUAAAAUUUUACUUUUUCCAUUAGAGUGGGUUUGUAUUUCAAUUGCAUUACUUCCUCGGUUAUUACUUAAUCAAUUGACAUCUCCAUUCCCUUAUAUAAUGGGAGUUCCCAGUGAAUAUUUCAAAGAAGCAGAAGAAAUAGUCAAAGAUGAAGAUGUUAUUAUUGUAGAUAUUGAUAAAGGAAGUGUUGAAUUAAUGAAAAAAAAGAAAGAAAUUAUCAAACUACCAACAACAGUUAGAACAAUAUUGACAAAUGAUAUCGAAUGGUGUUUAAACCAACUUAUUGAAAAAAAAUUAACUAAAAGAAUUUUUAAUGAAUAUGUCCAAUUGUGUUUUGUUAAAGGAAUGAGUUUGUUAAUGAAAGGAUAUGAAGAACAUCUUGGAAUUAUGAAAAUCACAGAAAAUGAUAAUGUCUGUUUAUUUGAAGAUGAAUUUAUUAGAGAAAGAAGUGUAGAUGAACAUAGUUUUUUAAAAGAAAUGAUGAAAACACAAAAUGUAGUGUUUUACAUUGAAAAUACUUUAAAGAAUGUUGUAAAUCUCUGUAAUGAAUUUAUUGAUAAAAAUAUAUAUUUACUAUCAAUUAAAAAAAUUAUUCAAAAGUAUGGAAAAGAUGAAAAAAAACUAUUUCAACCAUUAUUAUGGAAACCAAAAAAUGAGAAAUAUUCGAAAAAAAAAUACAAUGGAAAGAUGAUAUUCAUAAAAUCCCAUAUAAUUAAAGAAAAUACCAUUAUUAAAGGUUAUUCUUAUAUUUUAUCUUUUAUUCAAAGACACAACCAUGCAAAAAAUAAUGAAAUUAAAUUAGAUGGAUUUAAAAAUUGGGUUGAUAAAAAGAAAGAUAGAAUCCAAUUUUUAUUAACAUUCAACAAAUCCAAGAAAAAAUUAAAUAAAAUAAGAGAAACUAUUAACUUAAGAGAAACAGAAUUAAAAGAAAUUUUAACCAUAUUAAAUUAUUCAAGUCUAAAAAGUGAGACAGAUCAAGACGAAGAAUCAAUAAGUUAUAUUAUUAUAUUAUGUGAAGGAAUGAGUUAUGGAAAUGGAUGUAAUGACUUACUCCCAAAAAUCAUAAAAAGAGGUAUAAUGAAUCAACUGAAAGUCUGGAACAGAGUUGCUAAGAAAAUGAUUGACACUUCUAAAAAAGAAAUUAGCGGGUAUAAUGGGUUAUUUACAUUAAACCAAAUUAAAUGUGAUAAAGAGAGGUACCAAGAAUUUUGUGAUAAAGAAUAUGAUAAAAUUAUUAGUACAAUUCAUACAUUAGUUAAGGUUAUGUUAUCUAUCAAAGUCCCGAAAAACAUUAUUGAUAAAUUAUGUGAAAAUUGUUAUGCAAUAUUGUGUUUAACUGAAUCUCAACGUAAAGAAAUAAAUGUUCUUGUAUCAAAUAUAACUGAAGUUUAUUAA